CCUGCUCGCUGAUGUCAGCGCGUAUUUGCGUGUUGACGUAGCUGGCCCCGCUGCAAAUGGCGGCUGAGUCUGAGCAGCUGAUUCGGUUCCGGAACCAGUUCCGAGCGGCGGCACCGACCGCGAUUCCCGGGGACUCCGUGUGGCCGGGAGCACGAGAUUUACAAGAUGAGGAAAAGAAGAAGGAAAAACCACUUCCUCGAUUUAAUAUGCACUCUGUGUUCUGGAUUUUAGCAUCAAUGGCAGUGACCUAUUAUGUUGAAUUUUUUUCCACAAUUAAAACUGACUACCGAAUAGAAGGAGCUCAGCUCGGUAUUUCCUGUAAAUAAAGAAGUUGUCUUUCAAGAACCUGCAAUUGUUACAUAAAAUAUUCAAGUAACUGGAAUGGAAAGCUUUAGUUCAAUGAAUUUCACUAUUAUAAUUCCUUUUUGCAUCUGUCCAUGAUCUAUGAUUCAGUUUGCAGAACAAGUUUGCUUUUAUACAAGAUUUAAACAUUACAAUUGUUACUCUGUGAAUAAGUGUAAUUAUAGAAUUGAAUAAAUCUUUGUAAUAUCAUGAACAAAUGUAAUAAUGACCUUUAAAUGUGACUUCAGAACUGGCUGAAAUGAGAGCAAGUGUUGCCAGUGAUGAGUCUCUCUGAUGGCAUACAUAAUCAAGGAAAUUGCCUCUUUUUCUUAUCUAUAUUAUAAGUCCUUCACUGACAUAAAACAGAAUCCAGAAUCCAAAUGAUCACCCUCCAAUUUGUCCCUUAUUUUUCUCGACUCCUAUGAUAGCAUUUUUAAGCAGAAAGGUAUCCUGGUUUCAGUCUUCUGCAAGAACCAUCUGAAUCGGCAGCUGUACUUUUCUUUUAAUUCCCUCUCCUAUCCUGAUCUGCAUUUUGUUUCGUCGAUCAGAUGCACCAUUACUGCUCACUUUAUAUUUAUUUAAAAUAGCAGGUUAAAGUUGCCUUUGUAGAAUUUCAGAACCAACUUAAAGGGUGAGACCUAUUGCACAUCCCCAUUCUUCGUUAUGGAAUGGCAGAAGUUUGCAAGCUGCUUGUUUUCUCUGCCAGAAGUUGCAAGUGAUGCAGAAAGAUCUGCAAAACAAAAUCUUCAAAGGUAUGAAAAUUACAUAAAUUUUAUUGUAUACAUAUGUGCGUGGCACGUGGUUACGAUUAACGUUGGCAACAAACAAAUAUGCUAAGAAUUUGCAUGUAUUUCAUGCUAUUUCCUCUGACCUAAUUCCUUGAGAGGCUAUGUAGAGUCUUAAAACUUCAGCAUGCAAGUGUUCGAUAUGUAAUUUUGUUAUCACAUUGCUAUAUAAAUUGCAAUUUAUCAGAACUGGAAUAUUUGUGUACAAAAUUGUGUUUUUGCUCUUAUUUAAAAUGUAUAUGUUGCUAGUUUAUUUCUCAUUUUUGAAUUAAAACUGAAACAUAAGAAACCAUAAUAUUCACCUCAGCUAGGUACCUACGCUAACAUAAUGUUCAUCUGAUUUUUUUUUUGUAUUGUCAUUUCACAAAAUGAAUAAUUAAAUCUGCUUAUGAAUUAAA